AGCUGUAGGAAAGGCGGCAAAAACCCAAAGAGAAGUGUUUGGGUUUGGUUAGUUACACGUGACAAGACAAUCGUCAAGUCAAACUAUUUCUUCACGUCCUAUGACAUAUAUUUUGAUUUGAAAUAAGUGAAUGAAACGAACCUUGUGGUGAUAAAUUUUCUCAAAUUACGAUUUUCAGUUGUAGUUUCUAUCACGUCAAUUUUUGUAUUUGAUAAAUAGAGACGGGACCUUCUUCUAAGGAUUACCAUAGCUGGAGGUUCCCAUGUCGGCCCAAAAGAGUUUGACGUCCUUUUUCAAGCCAGUACCCAAGAAACGCUCUUUGAGCGACGACAAUGUUCUUAGUGAAAAUUGCGCUAGCAAGAAAAAAUUAAAAUUGGAAAAUGAUUUUGAAAAUGAAAAGAGACAACUAACAGUUGAUCCGGUAAAAGAUUGUGAUCUUGUAGACCCUGAAGCAAAAUCUAAAUCAAUGGAUGAUGUAGUUACUGAAAAAACAACCAAAGAAGGUACUUGCGAAGAAAAAGAAGAUAAAAAUAGUUUAGUUGAUGAGAAGAAGGCUUCCAAAGAAAAUGACCCUAGUGUCUUGAGCACUCCGCCAAACAAAAAAACCCAGGAUAAAACAAUAAUGUCACCCUUUGGCAUGCUUACCCCAUUGCAGUGUCUUGCUCGUAUCAAGAGUCAAGCUGCUAAAACUCCUGCCCUUCAUCCGUGCAUUGGAUCAACGUGGUUUUUUGCAUUGCAUUCUGAAUUUCAGAAACCAUACUUCUCAAAGCUUAGUGAAUUUGUGACCCGUGAACGUGAGAGAGGACGUGUGUAUCCUCCAGCAGACCAAGUGUGGACGUGGACUACCAAGGUCCCAAUUAAAGAUAUUAAAGUUGUAAUUCUUGGCCAAGAUCCUUACCACAAUCCAGGACAAGCACAUGGUCUGUGCUUUAGCGUUCCUAAAGGAGUGACUCCUCCUCCAAGCUUAGUAAAUAUGUAUAAGGAACUUGCUGCUGAUAUACCAGGAUUUACUGCUCCAAAACAUGGCUAUCUAGAAGGCUGGGCUGAGCAAGGUGUUCUACUUCUCAAUGCAUGUCUCACUGUCCGAGCCAAUACUCCUAAUUCACACAAGGACCAGGGUUGGGAACAGCUCACUGACGCAGUAAUCAAGUAUAUUAGUACAAAUAACAGAAAUGUUGUGUUUUUACUGUGGGGUUCAUAUGCCCAGAAGAAGGGGUCAGUCGUGGACCAAAAGAAGCAUCAUAUUCUCAAAACAGUGCAUCCCUCACCACUCUCAGCUCACAGAGGAUUUCUCGGAUGUAGACAUUUUUCCCAGUGUAAUGAUUUUCUGAAGAAGGCAGGAAAGAAACCCAUAGAUUGGUCCCAUCUACCAUAAAUAGUGCUGUUUUUUAAAAGUGACAAGUAUGCAACAACUUCUUUUACAUGCAUGUAAUUGUGUUUAGUUUAUACAUCAAACUAUACUCUUGGAAAUAUUUUAAAGAGGAUUUGUCAAUAUUUUAUAUCUUGUCAGUUUUGAGUUGCUUUCUUGGUGGCAAUCCAAAAUAAAUUUUUUUAUUAUCCUUGCUAUAA